AUAACAAGAAGUUGGAUAAAAAUUGACACUUUUAAACCAAGUUUAAUCACUUUUUUUUCUCAUCAAACACAAACAACGACAUUUUUCCUUCUCUAUGCUCUUGGUUGCCUUUUUCAAGAGUCACUUUUCCCCAACGAAUAGGACCUACCGUAUAUCUUUCUCUGUUCUUUGAAAUUUCAAAUUUAAAAAACACAAAAAUAUGAUUUCUUACUUUAUCUGUUAAACAUGCUUGUCAAUUUUCAACAAGCAUAUGCAAAUUUGAUAAAAAAAAAAAAAAAUUUACUCAAUAAAAAGUUCACGAUUGUAGCAAAGAAGCAUGGCUGAGCCUACUUGUGUUGUGAAUCCUUUCUCUUACACCACACCAUCCUUCUCCAAUGAAUCUCAUGAGGAAAAUCCAAUGUAUAAAAUGGGAGAAUCAGUUUCAUUUGGUAGAUAUGUAUGUGAAGAAUUGGAAUGGGAAAAGUGGUCAUCAUUUGACAAUAAUACUAACAGAAAUCGUUAUGUAAAAGAGGCAGAAAAAUACUCCAAACCAGGGUCAGUUGCACAAAAGAAGGCUUAUUUUGAAGCUCAUUUCAAGAGAAUGGCAGCUCUUAAGGCUGCAGCUUUACUUGAGCAGGCAAAUAAUUCGGAAAAUACGUCUGGUAAAACUAACAUAGACCAAAUUAGCGCCGAUUAUGCUGUGAACACGAACUUGAAUCUACAUGUUGAAGAUAACCGUUACGAGCAGGCCGAUUCUGUUCCGAAAGAUGAUGAAAUUAAUAAUGCAGGGGAGUUUGUAGUUCACCAAGAUGAACUUUACUCAAUUGGUGUAAAUGAUAAUGAUGGCAAAAAUGUAAAUCCGCCAUUACCGGAGCGUAAAUCAUCCGACAAAAUUGAUGUUUACUCAGCUUCUAAGAAGGAUGAAAAUUGCAAGGCAAGCAAUGAAGAGUCAAGUGGGAUUCCCCAAAUAUGCAAACUUCCUUUGCAGGAGAAGACUUAUGUAACUGAGGAAUCAUCUGUAACAGCAGUAAAAAGAAAUCCACCACUUUCAUCCUACAUUCCAUCCCCUGCUAGAUCUGCUAACCCGAUUUAUCCUGGGAAAGAAAACUAUGCAACUCCGGUUAAAAAGAAGUCUUCUGUUACUGAUCUUGAUAAAAAGAAAACUCCACUUCGAAUGUCAAUCAAUCGAGAACUCAACAGAAUCAUGUCACCAGUCAUUAAGAAACUUGGAAGUUCUUCCAAGGUUUCCAAAGAUUGCGCCAAUGACCCUUCAAGAACUCCUGCCAAGGCUUCUGUGAGCAGCGUACAAGUUCCUCCGAUGACUCCAGAUUUGUCAAAAAGAGGUGUAUCUACUACUUCUUCUCCCAGUAUGAGCAAAAACAAGAUAAGCUCACCUAUUAUACCUAAUUCUUUUUGUCUGAGGAGUGGAGACAGAACUUCUAGAAGAAAGCAGAAGCUAGAAGAUAAGUUUAAUGCCACAGCUACGGAAAAGGCACCUCAACCAUCAAAAUUCAAGGAGAAAGCGGAAGCAGAACUAAACAAAUUCCGCCAGAGCUUUUGCUUUAAAUCUAUGGCUUCUCCAGACUAUUAUGGAGACAGUGGAAGGUUCAACAGCCCUAAGCCCAAGAAAGAGUCUACAAAUCGUAAGUCCCCUAAUGAGGUAAGACAGGCUAAUAGAACCGCGCCUCAAAAUAAGAGUACAUUACCACCAAGAAGGCCUUCAGCGAAACAAAUUGGCUUGAAGAGUACUAAAAGAACUACCCAUGUUGGCCAUGUACCCAGCUAACCUUAAGAAAUUUUAACAAGAUUUGCAGUCAAGCGUUUGACAAUUUAUAGGAACCUCCAACAGACUGAAAAUAUUCGGAACACAUUUGUCAUGAAAAAGCAACCUUAUUGAGUCUCGUAAGAGGUAUUGUUUAAGUUCUAAGCAUCGAAGAACUUCAAUGAUAUGUAUAUUAAACAAGGGUGGACAUCAAUUUGUUUACUAGAGAGUGCUGUCAUUUUACAGUCUUCAUUCUGGUUCUGUAAGUGUUCAAAUCUUAUAAGUUGCACAUAUGUAUUUGUUGUGAAUUAGACUUUGUUAUAUGGAAGUAACUGAGGAUAACUCUAUCGAUUUAUGA